CCAUAAUUUGUGUCGUCAUGACCUUGUGAUGCUAGUGCCAAAAGCACCCUCUUUAAUAGCUUCCAGUGCAUGCAGUACUCUAAAUAACUUCUUUACAUUUCAUAUAAUAUAUCAUAUCUACUGUCGUACUUCCGCUUGUAACGAACAAAUGAUGGCAUUACGCAACUUAUUCAAAAACGAUCUCGUCCUCGUCAGCACAAAUCUCGCAGUGGUAGCUGGCGUCGCGACACUGCUAGGAUCGAGAGUUGAAAAGAAAUUAGACCGUAUGGAGGAAGAGCAGGAAGCAAGGUUGGACGAGAUUGAGGGGACGAUACGUGGGCAUAUUGGACUGAUUGAGGAUUCGCUGGAUAGAAUUGAAGGAAAGCCAAAUGCUGGCAAACAGGACAAAUUGUAUAAUCAGAGGACGAGAGAUGCAAAGAGAGGUGAAGGUAGGAAGUGAGAUCACCGUCACGUCCGAGGGACCCGUUGUUUUGCGCAAGGAUGUAUUACUUUCUUCUUCGAGACGAUCUUUGCAUUUAGUACCUCUUUCCUGUAGAUUGUGAGGGAUACUAUCCCUCCAUGUGUGGCGGAAAACCCUGUGUGGCGGCAUGCCGGCAUUGCUUCCACUCUAACAAAGCCAAACGCAGCGGAGAGAUCCAGAGAAUCUUGGGAUAGAUUCCUUAGCGUCAUAGAUCUCUUGGUACUUUAUCUCGUCGCCUAUAAAUUCCUGCUUGACUAGCAAUACCACAGCUCGCCGCCAGCAUACCCUG